UCGUUACGAAAGCGGCUCGAGGUCUGACAGCCUCUCCCUCCAUCCUCUGCGGAGGAAGCCGCUGCCGGUGAGGAGACAACGGAACGGGGACUCGGACGGUCUCCGGUGGAUCCACACACAUCCAGACUGUAGACGAGGAAAGAUCGUUUUUUUCCGUGUGUGUGUCGGAUAAUAACGAGGGCAGCUGCUGCUGCAGCGAGGAGAUGAUGCCAUGCAGAGGGACGUCAUUGAUUUAAAAGCCAAUAAAAAAAAAAAAGCAGUGACAUCAACGGAGGAUCGUUUGUAAACCGGAAUCAUUGAGGACAAACCGAAGAGCAUAAAAAAAAAAAACGUAUCGAUCUGACGAACGCAUGGCUGCAGAUUACCACCGAGGAAGUGAGAAUGUAACCCAUGACAGAGAUUCACUCACAUCCGUUCUGCCUGGAAAUCUUCUUCACUGAAUUAACGCCGUUGAUCACGUUGUCAUGUCAGCGUGAUCCGACGAGAUUUCAGUUUCAGAAUCAGAAAAUAACUGGAUGGAUGCUGAUGGCUUCUUCAUCUGAUCAGCCAACCUGAAGUGACCUGGUUUUUCUUUCAUCUCCAGGAAAAAAAAAACAACUAUUAUAACAGAUACUCUGAAACACUUAAAAGUUAAACUUGAAAAGCAGUUCAGGACUUUGGAGCACAAAGAACAGAUGCGGAAGAGGGACAAAAACACAUCAAAGCGUCUCUGUACAAGACCUGUAAUGAAACUUUAAUGUUUUUUUAAUCAGUGCAGUUGACCUUCCAAAGUUAUUUAGUUUGGAUGAAUGAGACACACCUGUUGGAUCACAUCUGUACAAAACUCCAUGCAAAAAAUCAGCACUUUAAAAAAUACUCUGAACUGUAGGGAUUUCAUUUUACAAUCCAAAGAAACGUUCGCACCUUUCGCGUUACAAAAGAAAUUGACUUGCUUUAUAAUCAGAAGUUAAUUCACUGCCACACGCUGUUGUGAUGCUGGACGUGGUGAAGAUGAAGGAGGCGUGCAGGAUCUGCGCCCGCGAGCUCUGCGGAAACCAGCGGCGAUGGAUUUUCCACCCUGCUGCCAAAGUCAACCUGCAGGUGCUGCUGUCCCACGCGCUGGGACGCGAGCUGACCCGGGACGGCCACGGAGAGUUCGCCUGCUCCAAGUGCGCCUUCAUGCUGGACCGCAUGUACCGCUUCGACACGGUCAUCGCCCGCGUGGAGGCGCUGUCUUUGGAGCGCCUCCACAAGCUGCUGCUGGAGAAAGACCGGCUGAGGCAGUGUAUCGGAGGCCUGUUCCGGAAGAACAACGCAGAGGAUGGAAAUGUGGCUCCGCCUGGGUCCGUUGUGGGAGUUGCUGGGACUGAGGCGGCGUCCGAGGACUCUCCUGUGGUAGAUCUGUCAACCCUGCAGGUUGUGAGAUACUCGGAUAUGAUCCAGGAUGAUCUGACUUACUCUGUGUAUGAAUCCUGGGCUGAUAAGGAGGAGCCUGUCCCGGACCACCACACUCAUCACCACCACCACCACCUCCUCCAGUGCCCAGGAGCAGACUCUCUCUCUGGCCAGAAGCCGAGGCGGUGCAGGGGUUGUGCAGCGCUCCGUGUUGCUGAUUCUGACUACGAGGCAGUGUGCAAGGUGCCUCGCAAGGUUGGGCGCAGGAGCACAUCCUGCGGCCCGUCUACCCGCUACUCGACAGCCACUCCGGGGGUCGACGUCCCCACCAGAGCGUCCGGAGAGUCUGAGUCUACAGCUGUCCCCUUUGAGUCCUCUUCAGUUGGGUUUGACACUGAUAAGACCGCGUGUGACAGGACAAGUCCCAGCCAGGCAUCAUCUGUAGAAUCUCUCGACACGGCCGUGGACGUGAGUUGCCCUCCUGUGAACCAUAAGGAAAUAGACGAAAAGGAAGCAGAGAAAGAUCCAGAGGAGGCUCCAGCGAGAAGGGACACUCCAUGGGACAAACCCACAAGUGAGAGCUCCCUCUCUGGCCUUGAGAUGAUGCUGAGCCUCCUGAGGGGCUGUGAGUACCGGCCAGUGAAGCCUCACAGGGGCAGCAAGCUCCCAGUUCUGGUCAAAGUCAAACUCGAGCAUGGCCUGUCGCUGCCCCUGCCCAUCCCGCUGAGGUCGCCCUGCGGAGGGGCAGCGUUCUGUGAGCUGUACCGCCACCACCCUAUACCGGAGGUCGUGACCACGUGUCCCCAGCAGGAGCUUCAGGCGGAGCUGGCAGAGAUGGAGGAGCUGUGGCUUGAUGAUUAUAUUCAGUGUGGGCCUUUCCGCUUUCAGCAGAGGCUGAUUGAUGAGCAGCAGGGCCAUCUCAGUCAGUAUGAGAGUGCUGCAGGUCAGUGUGUCGGGGAGCUGCAGAAGGCCCAGGACCAGGUCCACUCGCUCCAAGCCAAGAUCAGAGAUGGCGAGUCCAGGAACCAGAAGCUGCAGGAGCGUCUCGGUGAGAUGGAGUUGGAACUGCGUUCAGCUCGAGAGGAAGCUCAACAACAAGAGCGAAACAUCCAGAACAUCACUGAUACCGUUAACUCCAAGGAGGCACAGGCUGCAGAGCUGUUUCGGGUGAUUGAGGAACAGAAUAAGAUGCUGUGUUCUCUCAAAGAGCUCGCCAACCGCAACCAGCUGCAGCAGCUGCAGUUGUCUGGUGCUGACAGUAUCCGAGGCCAGGGGGAGGUUCUGGGUCUGCAGGCGUCUCUCUUCCAGGCCCAGCUGGAGCUGCAGGCCGGUCAGCGGGCACAACGGCAGGCAGCCCGCACCCAGGAGGACCUGAGCCGAGCCCUGCAGAGGCUAGAGAAAGACCUGCAGGGGGCGCUGCAGCACAGGAGGGACACAGAGAGACACAAUCAGGACCUGCAGCUGGCUCUGGAGAAGGCUCGAUCUGCCCUGCAAGAGAGAGAAGAGCAGCUGAGAGAGGGCAAAGAAGAGAGACAGCGGGAGGACGAGGAGAGAGAAAGGACCAUCAGAGAGCUGAAGAUGUCCCUGCUGACCAAAGAGCAGCUGAUAGAGGACUGUGAGCUGCUGGAGGAUCCAAAGGACAAGAGAGACUCUCUGAUUCAGAAACUCCGCCAGCGGAUCAAGGAGAGAGACCGAGCUCUGGAGCGAGCAGUGGAUGAGAAGUUCCGCUGCGUGGAGGAGAAAGAGGAGGAGACUCGUCGGCUUCAGCUGCUGCUCAGAGAGAAGGAGAGAGACCUGGAGAGGCAGCGCUGCGUCCUGGCCAACAACGAGGAGACCAUCACUAGCCUGGAGGUGCUGGUGCGUGGGAAGGCUUUGGAGCUGGAGCAGGUGUGUGACGCCUGGAGGAGCGUCCAGCGGCAGCAGCAGGAGAGCGAGGAGAGACAGAGUCGCAUCCUAAGGGAGAGAGACGCCAUCAUCAGCCAGCUGCAGGCGGCGCUGCACGCUCGCACGCAGGAGGCCCAGGACCUGCGCUGCAACCUGCUGGCUCAGAUCCAGUCAGCUCCUAGCGACAUUCUGGAGGAGCUGAAGGUCCGGCUCCAGCUCAAAGACCGCCUCUUCCAGGAAGCGCUGGCCGACCGCACUCGCCAGGCGCAAGAGCAUCAGGAGCAGGUCCACGAUCUGCUCAGAACCAUCAGCUCCAGGGACCAGUACAUUCAGGACUCUGCCAGCCGGCUUGGUGAGGUGAUGGCCGAGCAGACAGCGAGGCUCCAGGAGCUCCGCAGACAGCUGAGCUCAGGCGCCGGAUCGAGGUCUGACUCCGGAUCCGACUGGGCUGUCGAGCUCCAGGCCGUGCAGGAGGAGCUGCGCCUGGCUCUGAGGAGGGAGAGGGAGAGCCAGGAGCUAAGCAGGAGUCAGGCCAGCACGCUGGACUGCCUCACCAGGACGCUGCAUGUGAAGGAGGACAUCAUCAGGGACUUCCAGAAGCAGAUGGUGGAGCCCUCAGGUCUCCCGCUGGUGGAGCGGUUGACCCAGGAGGUCCAGGAGCUAAGAGAGAGCCUGGUCCAGCAGGGCGGCCCCCCAGGCAGAGGCCCCGUCCUGGGCCUUGAUCGGCCCAACAGCAGGCAGCCUGAGUUUGGAGAACUGAGCUCAGAGGAUGAAGACGAGGCUGAUGAGGAUUUGAACAGCGAGUACACAGAGAGCGUCGACGAAGAAGAGUCCAAUCUGAAGGUCCCGUCUGUGGCCAACACCAUGGGUUCUCGAGGUACCGGAAAGGCUCCGUCCCAGGAUGUGUUAUUUGAAGGUCAGGGACUGAUGGAGGUCAAACAGCUGGUGGAGCAGAAGAGGGCGGUGGAGAGAGAGCUGGGAGAGCUGAAGGCUCAGCUGGAGAAGGCCGGCUUCUCCUCACUUUCACAGAUGAGGAAAGCCCUGUUCAGCCUGCAAGCAGAUAACCAAGAUUUAAAGCAUCAGCUGGCUGAAGGGCCCGGCAGUAAACAGAAGGGUGAACAGAAGGUGUUGGAUGGUGAAGAGGAGGAGGAGGAGGAGGAGGAGGAGUUGGAUGUGACCAUAGAAGAGGUGGAUGAGGUUGAAGAGGAGGAGGUAAACUCUGAGCUGUGGGACGCCUGGGAAGGAGAGCUGUCUCUGUUAGAAACCAACAUCCAGACCAGUGAUGAGCCGCAGAAGACCCGAGCCAACAGACCCGAGUCACUGCACCGGCUCACCGGCUCCUCACAGCUGUCAGCCGGUCAGCACGAGGGCGCUGCGUCCUCGGUGAGAAGUGAGAAGACAGCGCAUCUGCAGCAGAAGAGCAAAGAGCUGCGGGAGAGGCUGAUGGUGUCUGAAGCCACAGUGCAGGCUCAGGCCGAGCAGCUCAAAGACUACAGGGAGCUGCUCACAGAAACAUCAGUACAGCAGGACAGUAAGCAGAUCCAGGUGGACCUGCAGGACCCGGGCUACGAGACCUGUGGCCGCAGUGAGAACGAGGCCGAGAGGGAAGACACCAGCAGCCCAGAGUUUGAUGACCUGGAGAUGUGCACAUCUCUGGAUUGUGGUUCCCAGUGGUGGCCUGCCAACAACAGCAGCAGCAGCAGCUCCACCUUGACUAAAUCCACCACACAGAGCUCCGGUUAUGGAGACGAGUCAUCUCUCCAGCGCCUCGUCGAGGACCUUCGCUCGCAGCUCUCCCGCUCUCAGGGAGUAAUCCGCGGGCUCCAGAGCCGCCUGCGCUCCCUCUCCACCUCCAGCGACUAUGGACCCUCCACACCCCGCAAGGUAAACUGGUCCUUCCAGGCCUCGCCCUCCCAGAGCGGGGUGGAGGACGAUGAGGGCUGGCAGUCGUCAGACGGUGGUCCCCUGGCUUCGCCCCGUCACCCUCACUCAGACAAGGGUCUGCAGGAGCUGGUGUCCCGUGUGGACGCGCUGGAGGAACAGUUGAGGAAAGGAGGCAAAAACUCUGUCAGCGAAGACGGAAAGUCUGCCACCUGGCCAGGUAAAUUCGACACUCUGAUCCAGACUCAGGCCAGAGAGCUGUCUCACCUUCGCCAGCGGCUGAGGGAGGGUCGGGGCGUGUGCAACAUCCUCACCCAGCACCUGGGAGACACCACCAAGGCCUUCGAGGAGCUGCUGAGGGCCAACGACAUCGACUACUACAUGGGCCAGAGCUUCAGGGACCAGCUGGCUCAGAGCGGCGCUCUGGCGCAGCGAGUCUGCGCGAAGAUCAGCGGACGAGAUCACUCUGAAGAUCCAGAGGAGAAGACAGAGCUGAUCGCCAUCCGGCUCAUUUCCUCCUGCUACUUGCAGCUGGCUGGAGGUCUCGUUGGGCCCUUUAGCAACUUGUUAAAUCAGGGAAGUUGCUCUGACAUCACUGCAUUACAAAACCCCGAAGUCUUCUGAUGUCACAACACUGCAGGGCAGAGCCAGGAUUGGGAAAAACUCCACCCACCACCACCACCACCACCACCACCAACUCUCCCCCUUAGUCAUGACCAGCGGGGCACAGCUGAUCCGAGCAAGGGCCUUAACUGUCCAGUCGAUUGUGCACCUAAUUAAGCAGACAGCGAAAAGAGAAAAAGAGAGAUGACGAGGAGACAAAGGGACAGCACAAGUGAGAUCAGGACAAACUCAGUUAUACAAGAGGAGCAAAAAGAGCUGAAGUCCUGCUGUAGACUGAGUAGAACAACAUA